AUGGAUGAGAAAGGAAGCAAAGCAGUGUUGAUCACAGUAUCGGCCGAGGAGAUCAGCGACAGGCCCACCAGUACAACAACAUGGAAGCACCAACCUUUACUCCCCUUGUUCGGGAUCCCAACCCCAGCUACGGCUUUCAUUCCAGAGGACAACAUUUUCGUACCCAUCCAACAAGACAACGUUCUGCCCCAAAUACCUAUCGGACGUAGCCACCCCGUAGCCAGGAAAGGGAUCAUAGACGGUGACCAUCGAACUUUACAUACGAAUAAGUUCUAUGCAAACGCGUUUCUGGGGAACCAGGACAUGCCCAUCUGGACCCAUCCUUACUCUGUGUGGUGGGGAAAAGGACAGGCAAACGGCCAGUAUCCAACGUGGGGAAUGAGUAUUGGUCAUGCUGAUGAGCAAGAUAUUGUUAUGCCGGAAGGCGAUCCAGCCCGGUUUUACAUUAAUGCCGUGCGUCGGCAAUCUUUGAUGCUGUCGGCAAGAGAGCUAGGCGACCAAACGACUCUGACAACGGACACGCAUUUGCCUUUUUCCGUCAACGUCAACCUGAACAGUGGCCGGCCAUCUCAAGAACCCCUGGUUACGUUUCCCUUAGUGCAGGGAAUGAGUUUCAUCACUGCUGGUUACCGCAAUGCCACCCCGAUGAUUCAGUGCCCGGGAGAAGGAUGCAAGUCAAUAAGCGAGGCCAUCGUAGUCGGGAAAUCGGUGAAGUAUAGGAUAGCAGAUGCAGAUGGGAGGAAAUGGGUUGCCUAUGUCAAUCCGAGAUCGACGAUCAACUACGACGCUACCGCCUUCACAACGGUCGACAAGAAUACCUUCGUCGGACCACCAGGCUUCGUCGGCACGAUCCAGUUGGCCAAGAACCCUUUGGGCGACGAAGGCGAAGCGAUUUACGACAAAGCCUCGGGAGCCUUCGUCUGCGAAGCCAAUGUGACCGCUGUGGUUAGCGGGGAUGGCGCAGUCUAUACAUUUUCGUAUACAAAAGUUGGUUCGUCGCCUCUUCUCAUGUUUAUGCUCCCUCACCACAUCGAAUCUGUGGAACCUUCAGCUGCCGGCCGGGUCACCAAGCUUCAGCUCCGCACUACAACAAAAGGGAUGGCGACGGCAGUCUGGGGCGAUUCGUUAAGCUUCGUCGAGCCCAAUGUCCCUUUGAACAUGGGCUUUGGCCCAUGGACUGAAGCCCCAGGGAACCAACCGAAUUUCUCCCAGCCUGUCAGAGACAUGAUAAAUCAAGCGGCGGAAUACGACCUCAGCAACGUCAUGAGAGAAAAAGUCCCCGACGAGAGCAUGUACUACGCGGGUAAAAUGCUCGCACGCUUCGCAACCAUUUGCUGGACACUAAAAGAAGUGGUGAACAACCCCGUCUGGAAAACAGGGCUGGACAAACUCAAACAGGAAAUGGCGAGAUAUGUGAAUAACCAGCAGCGAUUCCCGCUCUUCUACGACGACGUCUGGAAAGGCCUCGUCUCCAACGCGGGCUUCAGUGACCCCGGCGCCGACUUUGGCAACACGUAUUACAACGACCACCACUUCCACUACGGAUACUUUGUUUAUGCUGCAGCGGUCAUUGGAUAUCUGGAUCCGGAGUGGCUUGUCCGCGGGGAUAACAAGGCGUGGGUAAAUUCGCUGGUGAAGGAUUUUGCAGAGAGCGACUAUAACGGAAGCCGCUAUCCGUUCUUUAGGUCGUUUGACUGGUACCACGGGCAUAGCUGGGCGAAAGGGCUGUUCGAGAGCGCGGAUGGCAAGGACGAGGAGAGUUCUAGUGAGGAUGGGUUCGCCAGUUACGCGGUCAAGAUGUGGGGGAAGGUGACUGGCGACGCCAACAUGGAGGAAAGAGGAAACCUCAUGCUCGCCAUCCAAGCCCGCAGUUUCCGCAACUACUUCUACAUGACGUCGGACAAUAUCAAUCAUCCGCCGCGCUUCGUCAAUAAUAGCGUCACGGGUAUCCUUUUUGAAAACAAAGUCGACCACACGACCUACUUCGGCGCAUCCCCCCAAUUCGUCCACGGCAUCCACAUGCUCCCCCUCUCCCCGGCCUCCAUCUACCUCCGCUCCAAACCCUUCGUCGCGCAGGAAUGGAACCGCUUCUUCUCCGACGGAAGGUGGAAGGUGGAUGGCGGGUGGCGCGGCAUCUUGAUGGCGAACCUCGCGCUCGUUGAUCCCCGUGCGAGUUGGGAGUUCUUCAGGGGUGGCGUGGAUGGCGCGUGGGAGGAUGGUUGGAUCGAUGGCGGUGCCAGUAGGAGUUGGUAUUUGGUGCUGGCUGCUGGGUUGGGGGGUGUGCAGUGA